AUGUCGUGUAGGGUGGAAUUCGAUUUGCCUGUGGAAGUCGAUGUUCUAACGACCGGAACUGUUGCCGAAGUUGUGAAUGCUGUUCUGGAAUCAUUACUCUAUCAGCGGAAUCAAAUACCUUUCGUGUAUAAAACAUACAGAUAUUAUGUUAACAAAUGGACCGACGACGAAGAGAAACACAAGGACAUGGAGGCAAUGGACAGUGUAACGAAUUUUCAAGUGCAACGUCAACGAAAUCUAGCCAAAUCUACCAAGGAUUCUAUAUGUGCAAUGCGAGAGACAAUUGCCGAAACAUUUGAACGAACAGCUAUUAAAUCCAUACGAUUUUUGUUUGGUGGUACGUCGUUUACGCCGAAAGAGUCAUACACAAUUCAUAUACCCACAAAAAACGUUUCAACAAGUCACGCCUGGCAGCAGCAUAGAAUGGGAGCGCACAAACUGAAUGAGACUUUAAUAUCUUUGUUGACAAAUGAAUCUCUUUACUCUAUAUUUUCUCAACAAUUAAGUCCAACAAAUGUGUAUUUAGAAUUCGAAUUAUUUGAUCUGCCAAUGACUCUCUCAAACACAACAACAUAUACAAAGUCGAACAUAUUUCCUAGAGAAUUCUCAACGACGCCGUCAAGUUGUAAGGACAUUCAAAUUCACUUAGUUCACAAACGAAAAUCUGACACAGGAAAUCAGAUAUUGAAAUGUUGUAAAGAUAUGCAAAUAUUCGAAGAUGAUAGUAGCCCUUAUUUGGAGAAUAAUGUAACAUCCUUGGCCAACUGUAAGAAUAAUAUGAGAGCAAAUGAUAUGGAAAAUACCGGAUGGUGGGAAUCUGAAAUAAUUGUGCGAGGAUUUAAGGAACAAUCGAUAAAAGGUUUUAGUAUGUGGAAUUAA